AUGACAGUCUCAAAGGAAGAGGUGCACCCCGAAAGUGUACACGAUGAGAUCUCGAAAACCCCUGAUAAGAGGAAUGCGUCUCGCGAAGAUGAAAUCCGGGCAUAUGAAAAUCGCAAGCUGGACUUCCGCACUGUCAUGGCCAUCAUUUCUCUCGCUUUCACCUAUGAAGCCAGCCUUCUUUCCUUCGUCCUCCCUGCUGCGGUCCUUUUGACUAUUGACAACGACAUUGGCCCGUCGACUCAACUCAACUGGGUCGCUACCGCCUGGUCUUUGGCUUCAGCAGUCACCCAAACCAUCGCCGGACGCUGCAGUGACAUAUUUGGACGGAGGAAUUUCACCCUCGCUGGAAACCUGUCAUCUCUCAUCGGAUGUGUCGUUGCUUGUCGGUCGGUUCGAUCAGUUGACGUGAAACAAGGUCUGCGCUCAUCAUAUAACAGGGCAAAUACCAUUACUACCGUCAUCGGCAUUGGAUCGGGAUCUCAACUACUCGCGCUUGCUUGUGCAAAUGAAAUAGUUCCCAAGAAGCGUAGAGGCCAGGUCUUCGCAUUCCUUAGCAUUGCCGCACUUCCAGGUUCUGCCUUUGGUUCAGUCAUCGCCUACGCCCUUGUCGCCAAUCUCAACUGGCGAUGGACUUUUUACGUCGGUAUACUCUCAAAUGGCGUUGCCCUGAUCCUGGCUGGCAUCUUCUACUGGCCGCCGGGAUUCAUUGGCCUACAUCCCGAGGGCAAGAGUCGUCUACAACAAUUCAAGGAGCUCGACUUUGUCGGGUUGAUCCUCUUCGGUGGCGGUUUGACGAGCUUCCUUCUCGGAGUUUCAUGGGGUAACAACCCAUACCCGUGGCGCAGCGUAACUGUUUUGGUUCCUCUACUAUUAGGAGCUUUGACCGUUAUGGUGGCCUUUCCCUUGUGGGAGAUCUUCAGCUCCGACGAUAUAGCCAAAUUGUGCCCGCCGAAGCUCUUCCGCAAUGUCAGAGAAUUCUCACUGAUCCUCGUGGUUAUUUUCGUAUCUGGAAUGCUGCUUAUUAGCCUUCAAGUCCUCUGGCCUCAGCAGGUCCAGCGGCUGUUCACCACUGUAUCGAGAACUGUGGGAUGGUACAGUCUUGCGUACAACAUGGCAGCCACUCUUGGCGGUAGCCUCGCCGGUGUCUUGUUUGCAAAGAUCAAGAAAACCAAUUGGCAGUUCUUCUUUGCCACCGUUGCGCAAACAAUCUUUAUAUCAUCGAUUGCUUCCGUCACUCAGCACACUGCCGCCAGAGCAAUCGUUCUCGUCGCCCUUGCGGCGUUCUGGGUCGGUGCUUCGCAGCUAAUGGGAAUCCUCCUGAUACAAUUCGGUGCCGAGGAUCGUCACAUUGGAGUUGCCACAGGCUUGAUCGGCUCGGUCCGAUCGACCGGCGGCGCCAUCGCGAUUGCGAUAUACGGGACUAUCAUUCGCGACAAGGCGACGAGUGACAUUGUGCCUAGAGUUGCAGCCGCGGCAGUCGAAGCUGGCCUUGCGCCUUCGGAGGUGCCGUCUUUCAUCCUGGCUUUGACUUCUGGUUCGGCAUCGGCGCUCGCCUCCAUCAAGAACAUCACUCCAGCUAUUAUUGCUGCCGGGGCAGACGCGAUCAAGACCGUCUAUGCUGAGGCAUUCAAACUAGUUUUCCUCGUCAGUCUUGCUUUCGGAGUCAUCUCUUGCAUUACCGCGGUUUUCGUUCGAAGCGUGGACAAGUCGUUAACUGAUCAAAUUGCUGUAAAGCUGGACGCUCCGCAUCUUCGAGGCCAUGGAAAAGGCAAACCGGUGAUUCUGCAUGAGAAAGUGGGUGAAAUCUGA